ACUUACUAUAAGGUAAGAAGAGGAAUAGAAAAGGAAUUAAGCUGAGUUCAUUCACGAGAACAAUGAAGUGAAGCAUUUUCAUUUUGGAUCCUUCUCUCUCUUUCAUUCUAACUAACUAAAACUCGCUUUAUAUAUAUUUUUCCCUCCAAAUCUUCAUAACUGAAUCGUAACAAACUCAAACCUCACAAUGUUGGAUCUCAAUCUCAACGCUGAUUCCUCUCUUCCACUCUCCUCCGUCGUUCAGAUGGAAGAUUCAUCCGGUAGCUUUGAUUCCUCCGUCGUCAACGCUGCCGACACUGAAGAUUCAUGCUCUUACGGCGAUGCAUACGGUUACAACUUCGCCAUACUCAACAACAACGCUUCCGUCGACAACAGUACUAUCUCCGGUGAACUUCAACAUUCCGGCGCCGGAGAAGCAGGUGUACGGACAAUUCAGCUUUUUCCUGCUAACGAAUCGGGAAUGAUCUCGCCAUCUGAGAGUAGUGGAUGGAUGAAUUUCUCGUCCGAUCAUCACGGUGGAGUACCGGAGCAGACUGCUGUUGUUGCUUCACGACCUCAGCAGGUGAAGAAGAGUCGUCGUGGACCGAGGUCACGAAGCUCGCAGUAUCGUGGUGUUACUUUCUACCGGAGAACUGGACGUUGGGAAUCUCAUAUUUGGGAUUGUGGAAAACAAGUAUACUUAGGUGGAUUUGAUACCGCGCAUGCUGCGGCAAGAGCAUAUGAUCGAGCUGCGAUAAAGUUUCGUGGCGUGGAUGCGGAUAUUAAUUUCAAUGUCAGUGAUUAUGAUGAAGAUAUAAAGCAGAUGAAUAACUUUACAAAGGAAGAGUUUGUGCAUAUUCUGCGUAGACAGAGUACUGGUUUCUCAAGGGGAAGUUCUAAAUACAGAGGAGUUACUCUGCAUAAAUGUGGACGAUGGGAAGCUCGUAUGGGACAGUUUCUUGGGAAGAAGUAUAUAUAUCUUGGGCUUUUUGAUAGCGAGCUAGAUGCUGCAAGAGCGUAUGAUAAGGCUGCUAUAAAAUGCAAUGGAAGGGAAGCAGUUACAAAUUUUGAGGCUAGUUCUUAUGAAGGAGAGUUAACUUCCCAGGCUGAUAACGAUGAUAUCAAGCAGAAUCUGGAUCUGAACUUGGGUAUAGCUCCUCCUUCUAACUCUGAUGUUCAAAUGAUGAACAUGCACCACAAUGGAAGUGGUUUGCAAGUUCAGCGUAACUGGGAUGAUAUGCCUGUUGAUAAGAGUGUAAUGUUUGAGGACUCUGGGUCAAGAUCACUCAAUGUUCAGUCAUCUUAUGGCUUUCCCAUAGCAUCUGAGCAUCAACCUCCAGUCUGGAGUGGUACUAAUUACUUUCCCGUGUGUAAGGAAAGAGCAAUAGAGAAUAGGAUGGAAUCUGCUCCCGUUCCAAAUUGGGCAUGGCAGCUCCAAAGUCCAUAUAAUAAUGGGUCAACUUUGAUUCUACCUAAUUUCUCUGCUGCAGCAUCAUCAGGAUUCCCUUCAACAACAGCUGCGGAUAGUCAAAUUCAUUUUCCAAACAUAACAUACCUCCACCCUCAUUUUCCUACACCAGUGACUAACUCCAGCCCCAUACCCUCUUUCUACUGCAGGAGCUGAUGAAGCAUGGCUCCUAGGGUAUAAAGCUACAAUUAUAAAUCUUGAAAGACGUCUAGUCUUUGUAUCCAAGGUUUAGGAAUAUGAUCAUCAAACUUGUAGGGUAUAAAAGUAGGAAUUUAAUUGCUUGGUUCAAAUACUAGCUUUCACCAUUUGUCCUUUAAAUAUUCCUAUUUUCUUCCUUGUAAAAAAAAAAUCCCUGCCGCAAGGCAUGGUAAACUCUAGAUGCUUUUGCUUUUAUGAGAUGAUUCUAAUGAGGAAACCAUUUCCUUCCUUUGUUAUCA